CCUGUUAUUGUAAGCAGUAUCUAAGUUAAAAAUGGCUUAUGGCUUCCUCCUCCUCCUAUUAUUUGCUUGCACUAUAUUUACAACAAAUGUUCAAGCAUGCAACCAAACUGAACGCAUCUCUCUAUUAGCUUUCUCCCUCACUCUAUCUUCUUCUUCCGUAAAUUGGAGUAGUUCUGUUGAUUGUUGUCGUUGGAACGGCAUCACUUGUAAUCAAGAGGGUUGGGUCACCCAUUUGCUCUUACCCUCCAAAGGGCUCACAGGAGGAAAAAUUCCCUCAUCAAUGACGAGCCUUAACUUCUUGAAAGAAUUUAACGUAUCGUACAAUAAUCUCGAAGGACAAAUACCGACGGGCACGCAGCUUCAGAGCUUCAGCACUUCUGCAUUUGAGGGGAACCCUAAACUUUGUGGUGCUCCACUUCCAAAUGUGUGCGAAGAAAUUGGUGCAGAUAAUAAGAACAAAGUCAACCAAGAUGUGGACAAUGAAGGCGACAAGCUUCCUUGGAUUUAUAUCUUUGCAACCCUAGGUUUCAUUGUUGGAUUUUGGGGAGUUUGCGGUUCUUUAGUUCUUAAGAAGACAUGAAGGUAGGCAUAUUUUUGGUUCCUUGAUAAUGUAUGAGUGAAGAUGGCAGUGUGCAUGGCCAGGCUGAAAAGAAGGUUUAGGGACUAGAUUCUACUUUUCAUUAUAUAUUUUUCUUUUUCAAUAAAACUAUUUGGAUACACAAAAUCAACACACUUGGUGACACACUCUCUAAUAGAGUGGAAUCUUAUCAUUGUAUGUGGACUGCAGUUGUAUGAGGGAGUGUGUAAACAAAUGUGUUAAUUGUGUAUAUCCAAAUAGUAUGACUCUUUUAGGUUUUAUUUGUUUGUUUUCAUCAUGAUGUAAGGAUUGUUCUAAUAUAUAAUAGUUCAAUGAAACUAUUUGGACACACACAAUUUACACAACUGUAGGUGAGACUCAAUAUUAGGAAACUCACCUAAUAUUUGUAAGAAUCCUAGUUUAGUUGUGACAAUUUUCACGUUGAAUACUUUGUUCUAAUAUAUACAGUUCCUUUAAAGCUUUUCCACAACUGUAG